AUGCAAAUUUUGGUUCAGAGAAGUGCUGAAAGGAAAGUUGCACUUGUAUCAGAAGGCUAUGCAUUGAUUUUUAAAGCAGUGGAGAAUGAAGACGAUCGCACAAAGCCGCAGUGUGCGAUCGAGUUGAUACCCAAGUCCAGGGUUGGGAAGUCAUACCAGAAAAUGACGUCGCACGAGGUUCACGGCUUCAUAGGUUUGAUCGAGCUUGAUGGCCUCAUCUUCAUCUGUACCAUUACCGGUAAAACCAAAGUAGCACAACCUGUUCCAGGUGAAACCGUGAAUAAGAUAUUUGCCGUUGACUUUUUCUGCUUGAACGACCCUCACUGGGAUUUUGUGGAACUUGACUCUAACGGCUAUCCUGUGACAUCCGAUGACGAUUACCGAGGGACCACAGGCUCCUAUUCAGGGUCUAGCGGCGAUCAAUCGCCGUCUGUGCCGGGUCAUCCAUGUCGCGAGUUGCGCAAGCUUCUUUCCAAUGGCUCGUUUUAUUACAGCUCCAAUUUUGAUUUGACGUCGAUCUUGCAGAAGCGAGGCAUGAGUGCACAUUCUUUGAGUUUCGACAACUACGAAGAAGAGUACAUGUGGAAUUCUUUCCUGAUGCGCGAAAUCAUAACAUUCAGAAACCGCCUUGACGAUACAGCUCGACAAGUUUUAGAUGACGAGGGAUUUUUGACCACAGUCAUCCGCGGUUUCGCUGAGACUUUUGUUACAUACAUCAAGCAGUUGAAGGUCUCUCUUACCGCGAUCUCCAAACAGAGCUGGAAAAGGGCUGGGACCCGUUUCAACGCUCGUGGUGUUGAUGAUGAAGCGAACGUAGCAAACUUUGUUGAAACGGAGCUCAUCAUGUAUUCCCGCGAAUAUUGCUACGCCUUCACACAGAUAAGAGGCAGUAUACCCAUUUUUUGGGAACAAGAUACAGCGUUAAUAAAUCCCAAAAUUCAGAUCACUCGAUCUCUUGAGGCCACGCAGCCCAUUUUCGAUGCUCAUUUUACGAAACUGAUAGAUAAGUAUGGUCCGGUUCAUGUGGUGAACUUGCUCUCUACGAAAUCAAACGAAAUCGAACUCUCCACCCGCUAUAAACAACAUGUGGCUAGAUCAAAAGUCCAUAAAUUGAACAAAGAUAUUUUGUUCACGGAGUUUGAUUUUCACAAGGAAACUUCUCAGGAAGGUUUCGCGGCUGCCGCGAGGAUCAAACCUCUCGUAACACAGUCUUUAUUAGAAAGCGGUUACUUCUCCUACGAUGUAAGAGAACAUAAAGUGCUAUCGGAGCAACAUGGAAUUUUCAGGACGAACUGUCUAGAUUGCUUAGACCGAACAAAUUUGGUUCAACAGUUUUUGUCCAGAUACGCAUUCGCAUUGUUUUUAAAUGACUUCCAUUUGAUGUCUACCACCCAGGGUACAGCCUUCACCGAUAGUGAUCUCUUCAUCAAGCACAAUACACUGUGGGCUGAUCAUGGUGACCAAGUCUCUCAAAUUUAUACGGGUACCAAUGCAUUAAAAUCAUCAUUUUCACGUAAAGGUAAAAUGUCAUUUGCGGGUGUCCUAUCAGAUGCAACUAAAUCUGUUAGCCGCCUGUACAUCAACAACUUCAUGGACAAAAACAAACAGGUCAAUAUUGACACUUUGUUGGGAAGGCUGUCAAAUCAACGGCCUGUUUUACUCUUUGAUCCCAUUAACGAAUACAUUACCACUCAAUUGUCAAAGUCAUCUUCUCAAUUCACAACUUCUUCAACUAUCAACAUAUUCGUUGGUACCUAUAACGUCAAUGGCUUGACCAAGAAAGUCGACAUCUCAAAUUGGCUUUUUCCCAUUGGAGAUAAGUUCAAGCCUGAUGUUGUCGUUCUCGGUAUGCAGGAGGUCAUAGAAUUGAGCGCGGGUUCAAUUUUAAACGCCGAUUAUUCUAAGAGCUCAUUUUGGCAAACAAUUGUCAAUGAUUGCUUGAAUCAAUACAAUGACAAAUACUUGCUUUUAAGGGCAGAGCAAAUGUCCUCGUUACUGAUUUUGUUUUUCGUUAAGUCAGACAAGGUAAACAACGUGAAACAAGUAGAAGGCGCUUCAAAAAAGACUGGUCUUGGGGGCAUGACAGGGAAUAAGGGAGCUGUUUCCAUUAGAUUCAAUUACGGAAGUACAUCGUUUUGUUUCGUAAACGCUCACCUGGCAGCUGGCGCCAACAACGUAGAUGAAAGACGGAAUGAUUAUGAGAGUAUUUCGAAAGGCAUCAACUUUACCAGGUCUCGACAGAUUUCCCAUCACGAUGCCAUCAUUUGGCAAGGUGAUUUGAAUUACAGACUUCAGCUACCAAAUGAAGAUGUCAGGCGAGAAUUGAGUAAUCCUCCGAGCGACGAUUUUCCGGAUAAACUGCUACUUCAUGACCAGCUUACUCAAGAAAUUAACGCUGGCGUUGUAUUCAGAGGAUUCAAAGAGCCAACUGUCAAAUUUCGUCCGACUUAUAAAUACGAUCACGGCACCAAUAACUACGAUACCUCUGAAAAAGCAAGGACACCCUCUUGGACUGACCGUAUUGUUUACAAAGGUGAAAACCUGCGGCCAUUGGCCUAUUCUGAUGCUCAACUCAUAGCAAGCGACCACAAGCCAGUUUAUGCUGCUUAUCGGGCUCAAGUCAAUUUCACUGACGAAGAUAUCAAGAGUAAUUUGACUAAAAAGUUAUAUUCAGAGUAUAAAGAAGCGCAUCCUGAAAGCUCCAAUGAUGCCACAUUGGCGCUUGUUGACCUUGAAUAUGAGGAAAAGACACGAAAAUCUAGAGUUUCUGAUCGUGGUACGAACGGAUGGGCGGAUGUUAAUUUGCUAGACUUUGACGCAAACAAGGCUCAACCCGAAUCACCACCUCGCUCGUCAUCUGCCUCAUCCUCGGACAUUUCUUCAGUGCAAUCUGCACCAUCGCAGCCCGCAAAGAAGGAGAUGCCUUCUGUGUCCUUGUCGUCCAAGUCACUGAACCGAGUUCGCGUUCCACCACCACCACCGCCAGCACCUCGAGUGAGCUCUCAACAGUCCAUUAGCUCAUCCCUUACCUCCAGUGUGGAAAGCAAAGAACCCUCUAAGCUUCAUUCGGAAGGUGCUGCCACUAACUAUAUCGUACCACCGCCACCACCAUCUAGGAAAACCACAUUUCCACCAGGAUAUAGUGCAUCGAUUUUGACCCCAAAAAGUACAAGCGCGAAUGGUUCGAGAGUUACAUCUCCUGCGCCAACCCCUGCAUUGACAUCUGCUGAAAACAAAAAUUCCGAAAACAAUGAACCUCUAGCUAACAAUGAAAAAGCUAGUAGCAAAGCAACAAAAGUGGCGCCGCCUAGACCAGUUAAGAAGCCGUCCUUGGAUAACUUGUCUAUGGAGUCGUGGAAGCCGCUAACUCCCAAAUAG